CUCUGUUCUUGAGUGAUACGUUGCUUCUCUGCUUUAUCCUUGCUUCCUCAAUAACUAAUCUCUUCCAUUAACAAGCUUCGUUCCCUUUCUCUAUCAAAUUCUUCUUCUGUCGAUCUCUAUUGAAUUUUCCUCCAAACAAAACUCUUUGAAUUGAUCAUUGAGCUCGUGAUUGUGUGAAAUCCACCUCACGGAUUCAGAUUUGAGAUUCGUUACUCGGAUUCUUUCAUUCGUUCUCUCUUUUUUUUUGGCGUUAAAAUUUUUUAUUGGUAAGCUGUCACAGUCCACACUAUUAGAACUUGGAAUUUAUUAUGGGGAGCAACAAGGCACCAAGUUGGUCUGACCAAUGGGGAAGUGGUGGAUUUGGGAGUGAUGACUAUGGUGAUGAUCACCAUAAUGAGAAGAUGGACAAGAGUGGGAGCAGCAAGAAGAUGGCGGAUGCCAAGGCGGUAGCGUCGGCCGGGAUGGACAAGGCCAAGACAGCCGCGUUGGUCGGAGCUGACAAGGCCAAGGCGGCUGCCGUGGUGAGUGCCAUGAAGGUGAAGAGUGGCACCUCUGCUGGCCUCAAGUGGGUCAAGAACCAGUACCAGAAGAGGACUUCCAAGUGAAAUCAUGAUGACUCAUUCUGUUCACAAAAAAAAAAAACGCUCAAAGUGUGGUCUCAAACUCAUGCUUUUUUAUUGAACAUUAUAUAUCUUGGAUAGUUUUUUCUUUUUAAAUGUCAUUGUUCUUUCAUAAACUAUACUGAAUUUUUAUUCAAUAUUGAUUAUAUGGUGUGGCUGUAAUUUUAGAACAAUCCGGGUAUAUUUGUUUAUAAAAGAAUGUAGGGCGUUGAUGAGUUUCACUCUA